AUGGAACAAACCUAUUCUAACACUAGUGCUGGUGAUAAGAUUGGGUUAUAUGAAUUCUUGGAGGCUUUGGGAUUAUUAGAUAAUAAAUUUGGGUUAGACACCAAUACUGAUGAUAACGAUGAAUUCUGGCUGUCCGAUGAUGAUAACAAUGGAUUCUGGCUAUUCGAUGAUACUUUGAAAAAACUUUAUCAAGACCGGGAAGCUUGUCAACGUUUAAUCCUUCUUAGACUAUUUACCAUGCGCCUUCCUAAUUUAUCUGAGCAAGCAAAAAAUGGAUUAUUUCUCGCGUUUUCUAGAUCUAAUUCAUUUGGAGUAUUAGAACACAAUGCAUUAUUGGGUGUUUUAGCUCAUCCUGUGAAAGUUAGUUGA